AUGGCCAUCGUCAGCGACACCAGCGAGCGCGGAUCACUGGUCUCCGACUACAACUUAGAGUAUGACGGCGUCAAGACCAACUGCGUCGACGAGGCCGCCGUCACCAUUGUCCAGAUCGCCAGCGCCCCUAUUCACGGUCGCCCUCGCAACUGCUCUCCGCCGCUUCACUUCCCCGACCUCGAGGUCGCAUACCUGAGCUUGAUGUUCGCCACUCCAGCCUCCCAGUCUCCAGCACUGCCCUCGAAAUAA